AUGUCAUCUUUGUCCCGGGAUCGAGAAAACUUUUACUUUCUGAAGAGUAAUGUCAGAGCGUUUCGGAACGUAAACAACUUGGCGCCAAGCAUCAAUAAAAAAGGUGUGAAAUAUAUAGGGCGAUCGGAAUGCGGACGACUAUGCCUAAUAUGGUGCUUGACAGCUGAUCAUACACUGGCCUACAACGAGCAUGCUCCGAUCAUUCGAAAUCAGCCAAUUCCAGCUAGCAGUUUCAGCUACGGAGGUCAUGUACCUCCCUUUCGAGCGAUACCGAACCAAGGCCUUCUACCGCCGAUGCGGCCCUGGGCCCAUCCAGAGACGCCAGAGACUCCGGGAUGGAUGAGCGAGGGUAGCCAAGCGACGAGGAUCGGAGGACCCAUCAGGCGCCGUGACACGAUCCGACCGCCGAGGCCGCACUUGCAGCUGGUCAAGGUGCCGGAGUCCGAUCCGCUGACGACGAUAACCGAGACCCUCGGGGCGCUCAACACCGUUGGCAAUUACAUCGUCAACAUGACGAGGGGCGUCGAGUCCUCGGAUGCACCCAAGGAACUGCCCUCGGCCCUCUACACCAUAUCGAAAAACAUACUCGGUCGCAACGUUACCGACAGCAUAGCGCCCUUCGUCAAAGGCGUCACUCUACCCUUAAGCACUACCACUACCAGCACGACUACCAGCACUACCCCGAGGCCGACGACGACAACGACGAGCACGACGACGACGACUCCAAAGCCAAGCACGACCACGGCAGCAACGACCGAGGCACCCCUCUCGGUCGUGUCGAUAUCGGAAGUCGGCCAGUUACCGCAAUCGGCCAGUUUGAAGCUGCAGGAGUCCAACGAUCGAGAUGCCAAGGCGAGCUCCGACGCGUCGCCGAGUUGUAUGAGCGCCGACGGUGGCCCGGGCAAAUGUCAGGAUCUCAGCACGUGUCCCCAGCUGCUGCUCGAUCUGACCAAGCUGAGGCAGUCCAUUUGCUUCAAGAGCCUCUUUGUGCCGGGUGUCUGCUGUCCGGUUGACUUUGCCUCGCCAUCCACGAGCGUCUCUCAUAUUCCCAUUAUUAACACGAGGCCGACUUUGAAACCCACGCCCAGACCGAUUCCUUUGAUACCUCAUACUACGACUACUACGAGCAGCACGACUACAUCGACGACGACGACGACCACUAGCACAACCAAACGACCGCUCAUCGCUGAUCACGACUUCUUGACUAAUUCUACAAAUGGAUUCGAGUCGAUCGAUAACAAUUUCAUUUACGACGACGAAGAUUGCGGCGUCCGUAACGCCGGCAAAUACCGAGUCGUUGGCGGCGAGGAGUCCCUACCCGGAAGGUGGCCUUGGAUGGCGGCCAUCUUCUUACACGGCAGCAAACGCACGGAAUUCUGGUGCGGUGGCUCGCUCAUCAGCAGCCGGCACAUCCUCACCGCAGCCCAUUGCACGAGAGAUUCCCGACAGAGGCCAUUUUUGGCAAGGCAGUUUACUGUGCGGCUCGGCGACAUCGACCUCGAGCGCAACGACGAGCCCAGCAGCCCCGAGACCUACUUGGUCAAAGAGAUCCAGGCCCACUCGAAAUUCUCGAGGGUUGGAUUUUACAACGACAUCGCGAUUCUGGAGCUGGACAGGCCGGUCAGGCGCACGCCUUACGUAAUACCGAUCUGUCUGCCACAGGCCAAGCACAAAGGAGAAGCUUUUGCCGGCGCCAGGCCGACCGUCGUCGGCUGGGGAACUACGUAUUACGGUGGCAAGGAGAGCACGAUCCAGAGGCAAGCCGUGUUGCCCGUGUGGCGCAACGACGACUGCAAUCAGGCCUACUUCCAGCCGAUAACGGCCAAUUUCUUGUGCGCCGGCUACAGUCAGGGCGGCAAGGACGCCUGCCAGGGCGACUCGGGUGGACCCCUCAUGCUGCGGGUGGAGAAUCGAUGGACGCAGAUCGGUAUCGUCUCCUUCGGCAACAAGUGCGGCGAACCCGGCUAUCCGGGAGUCUAUACCAGGGUCUCCGAGUAUCUCGACUGGAUCAAAGGCAAAUUACGAUGAAGAGAAGCCUGGCAAAAAGCCUUAUGUGUGAUUUAAAUUAGUUUUACUUUGUUGAAACGCAAACGAUUUAAAUUUUCCAUACGAAUCUACCGAAGAGCUCGUUGUUACAUACUAAGCGAUAAAGAUUAAGCGCUUAUAUUCGCCAUUAUUGUCAUUGUUGUUGGUCGUUAAAAAAAAAAAAGAAAAAGUAGGCUUUGUUAAAUUUUAAAGCUCGUAACGCAUCGCUGCGUUGAUCAAGGGCGUGUACAUAUAUAACAAGAUAACGUCGCGUAUAUAGAUACGACGUGCACUAGUUUUUAACAUUUGUAUUCGACGCAAAAAAGAGUAUUCAAA